AUGUUAUCAAUCUUAUUAGUAUUAGUGCUAACAAAUGUAGCUGUGACUUUCAAAGAUUGGAGUAGAUAUAAAGAAUAUAUCACACAGAAGUUAGAGAAAGAAUAUGAUGCUAAAAUACAUAUUAUGGGAAAAAUUGAAGCUUCGUUUAUUCUGCCAAAGUUAGCCAUUCAUAAUGUAUAUAUACAGUAUAAUGGACAUGAAGAGCAAAAGCUAUCACACUUAGUUAGUGUGGGUCAAGUUGAAAUAAGACCCUCACUUUUAUCACUGUUUUUAUUUUCACUUCAGCCAAAAUCUAUAACUUUGCUUGAUAUGAAGAGUAAUAGACAAAAUUUAUUUAACAUUAUAAAUAAAAAAUCUAGCAACAAUAUAAUAAACAUUCUAAUAAAAGAUAGUCAUAUAAGCAUAGAAGAUGAUUAUAUCAACAUAAAAGAGAUCAAGAUCAAAAAGAAUAAAAGAUUUUCAGGUAAAGUAAAGAUCAACGAUAGCCAUUAUGACUUUUUAGGAAAAAUUAAUAUUACAAAAAAAAGCAUAGAUGUUAAUGUUGAAUCGAAGCUAAUAAGUUUACUAUUUCAAGGUAGUAAAGAGCGGGAAAAAGUAAAUGGCAACUUAGUGCUAACUGUGAAUAAUCAUUCGGAUUCAAUAAGUGAUUUGGUGAAAGUUAUCAACCUGGGUUUACUAUCUCAUCUUAUUCCUAGUGAGAGCAUUAAGAUAUCAUCUAAUAUAGAUAUGGAUGACGCAGGGUUUAUGAUGACUGAUCUCAAGGUUGAGUCAAAUAGCAUCCAAGCCCAUGGUGCAAUACACAACGAUAGGAAAAGUAGCCAUGCUAAUGUCAGUAUAAAAUUUAGUAAGAUUGAUCUGGACUUUAUACGAGAUAAUUCACAAAAAAAAGUGGAUGUGAAAGAUUUAUUAGAAUGUUUUAAAAGAAGUAUACCAGAGGAUUUGAGCUUGGAUUUUAAUAUAGAUGCUUCUAAUAUUCAUUAUCAAAAAAAGAUAUUAGAUAAUUUUCGUACUGCGGUGAAGUUUGUAGAUAGUAAAGCAACAGUCAAUACGCUUCUUAAAUUACCAGGUAUUAAUAAUAUAUUUUACCUAUCGGGAGAAGUUUCUAGUAAUAAUGUAUUAUCUGAAUUUAAUGGUAAUCUUCAAGUUGAAGGAAAUGAUUUUGAAUCGUUCAUUUCAUAUUUUUUUCCUUUUGUAAAAAUAAAUGAAGACAAGAAAAAUCAAUUUACCUUGCAUUCUAAAGUACAUUUUGCACCCAGGGUGAUGUCAAUUUCAGAUAUAACAUUACUCAAUCAUGAAGAAUUUUUGCAAGGAUCAAUGAAGGUAAGUUAUACAAAAAAGCAUAGUUUGAUUGACGGAAGAUUUAUUAUACAGAACCUAAAUGCAGAUAAAUACAAUUUUAGUAGUUUAUAUAAAGUACAAUGGCUGAAGAAAUUUAAUCACGAUGUAAACAUAAAGACUAGCAUAAAUGAUUUGAUAUUGCAUGAUAAGAAAAUUAAAAGUUUAGAUUUUUUAUUGAAUAUAGAAAAAAAUAGGUUAGUUGCUAAUAGAAUUCAAGUACAUGGAGAAGGGUUUGAUAUUACUGGCAAUGUUAGAAUAUCAAUGGACCAAGGACAUACCAAGCCUUUAUUGGAUAUUGAUCUUAUAGGAAAAAAAUUUAAUGGUAAUAUUAUUAAAUUACCUGAUUUUAUAGAAAAGACAAAUACUUCAAAAAGUAAAAUAACUCAGGUUCAGUGGUCAACAAAAAGAUUUGACUUUCUUAAAAACAUAGAAAAUUUUGAUGCAGAUGUACGUAUCAAUACUGAAGUAUUUACAAUAAGACAGAGUAAUUUAAAAGACUUUCACUUAGAUGCAUUAAUAAGAAAUAAUACUAUCACAGUAAGGCAAGUAAACUACGUGCUAGAAGAGGGAAAAGUAUCUUUUCAGGGUUAUAUUAGGUCAGAUUCGAUGUAUACAAAAUUUUUUAUUUCAGGGUUAGAAGUUAGCACGAUGAGUAAAGCCGUAGGAAUCAGUAAUGCAAGGGGUCAGAUAAAUUUAAGUGGUAUAGUCAAAACUCAUGGAAAAAGUCUUUACGACUGGUCUAACAACUACUCAGGGGAAGUAAAAUUAGGAGCUCAGAAAGUAACAUUUUCCAAUAUAGAUUUGAAUUCAUUUAUUAGUAAUUUACUGGGCAGUAAGAAUAAAUCUGAAGUUAUUACAUUUGCUAACGUUGAUAUAUAUAAAGGCAGUACAUCCUUUAAAAAUCUUAAGGGAAAAGCAAGCAUCAGCAGUGGUAUAUGCUCAACAGGAUUACAGUUUCAAAUUGACCGAGCAUCUGGAGCGAUUUCUGCUAACCUAAACCUAUCUAAUUUCAAUGUAGAUUCAAUAUUCAGGUUGUUCUUUAUACCACAAAACCAGAGUAAUUCAGUUUAUAUAGAUAUGCAUUUGGAUGGUCCUGUUUGGAACCCUAAGGUGAGUUUUGAUAUAGAUAAAAUAUUUGCACUUUUUAUAAAAGAUAUUACUUAG